CUCUCUCCUGCACUGCUACACAGGAGUCUGUAUUUUACUCAAGAGACACAUUGCAGGGUUUAUCCUACUUUCUAACUCUGCUAUCAGGAUGACUUCAGUGCUCUGUCCUCAUUUUAGCUCCAGAAAGUGCUUCCUUUCAGCCUUGGCACUACUUCUCCUUCUGCUUGCGGGGCCUAGCAGCACAUUGGCGCUUGGUCCUGGUGCUGGUAGAGCAAGGGCAGGACUUGAGGGACGAGACAGAGCGAGAACUGGCGGUAGGGUUAGGUCUGGGGUAAGAGACAAAGCAGGUAUAGAGGGCAACACUGAAACUGGAUUUGGAAAUACUCGUGUUUCUAGACCAGGAGCUGCAGCAGGAAGAGCAGGGGAGGAGGACUCUGGUGCUAAUGCCGGACUCAGAUCCAUGCUUUCUAUAGGAGAUGAUGGACUAUGGGAGCCCCGCAGUUCCUCUCGAUGCGUGCCCAUCCCAGCCGGCAUGGCCUUGUGCCAAAACAUUGGUUAUGACUCUAUGAGGAUGCCCAACCUGCUGGGACACGACUCUCCAGCUGAGGCCGUACAACAGAGUGCCAGUUGGUUGCCACUACUAGCAAGAGAGUGCCACUCCGAUGCCCGCAUCUUUCUCUGCUCUCUAUUUGCACCCAUCUGCCUUGACAGGUUUAUAUCACCCUGCAGAAGUUUGUGCGAGUCGGUACGGGACAGCUGCGCACCGAUCAUGAGUUGCUAUGGCUACCCCUGGCCAGAAAUUCUACGUUGUGACCAGUAUCCUGCAGACCAUCUCAUGUGUAUCUCCUCCAUUACCAACACCACUGUCCACACCGGCGGGCUCAGAGUGCCUCUGGCGAGCUGUCGUGACUGUGAACUGGAAGAGGCCUCCUCUUCAAGAGAUACUCUGGAGACUUUUUGUAAGAGUGAUUUUGUUGUGAAACUGCGUCUAACGCGGCUGAAGUACAGUCCUGGGAGCCUUUCGCAGUUCUCACUGGCUGCCAAACUGGAUGUUCUGAAGCAUGGACCCCUGUUAGGUGGACAGAUACGCUCACACAUUGAGCUGUGGCUAGAGAGGGACGCCACCUGUGUAAGGAACAUGACACGACAACAUCCCCAAGGCGGCAACUUCCUAGUGACAGGCACGGUGCAGGGGGGGCGCCUGGUGGUAAAUAAGGCUUAUGCCUGGCAAAGAAGGGAUAAGAAACUGAUGGGAGCUGCGCGCAAAUGGAAACAGCACAGAUGCAGGAGCUAAAGCUAAUGUGUUCAUUUAGAGAACUAACUGAAAGAACUGAAUUGUGAAGAAGACCAAUUGUGAAUAAACAGCUAUGGUUAGAGGAAGCAUAUAUAUGAUUUAAUCAUGGGCAAAUGACUGUAAAUACUUCUUGUUCUAGUCUUUUCAAAAAAAUGUCAGACUUCUAUGCUGGUCACCAAGGGGCUAAUGAAGUAUCAACACUGCCUCUCAGACAAUGGAGGUCAGAGAAAACAAAAGGUGUAAAAUGUACAGUAUCUGUGAAGUUAAACUAAAUAUUGCUGGUCUAUAUUUGUAUGACUUUGAGUUGAAUUAAAAUGUGUUCUCUGAAGCCUGAUGAAUCCUUUAUUCAUCUCAUCCAA